AUGGUAACAAAUGUGACUCUCCUGUUGAUUGUCAUUACGAUGACGUCGGUGGCCUCACAGACGUUUCAGUACUCGCGCGGGUGGACUAACGGCAAACGAGACGGACACAAGCGACCUGAACUGAGCAUUGAUAAAAUACUAAACCCAUGCCAAAUGCAGAAGCUAAAGUAUUUGCUAGAAGGAAAACCUUUGACAGAUCAGCUCUUAGCACCGUGUGAUUAUAUAGAAGACGACACGGAGAAACCCAAGCGGUACAAACUAGACCGUGGACAAGACUCGUUAUAUGACGCCUUUCAA